AUGUUUAGCAAUAUUGGGCCAAAUCCUAUUACCUCUGGCACAAUUACCUUAGGUGGAACCAGCACAGCCUCAAGUGGGACCAGCACAGCCACCAACAGUGUACCCAGCACAGCCUCAACUGGGACCAGCACAGCCUCAACUGGGACCAGCACAGCCUCAAGUGCACUCAGCACAGCCUCAAGUGGGGCCAGCACAGCCACCAACAGUGCACCCAGCACAGCCUCAACUGGGACCAGCACAGCCUCAACUGGGACCAACACAGCCUCAAGUGCACUCAGCACAGCCUCAAGUGGGGCCAGCACAGCCACCAACAGUGCACGCAGCACAGCCUCAACUGGGACCAGCACAGCCUCAACUGGGACCAACACAGCCUCAAGUGCACCCAGCACAGCCUCAAGUGGGACCAGCACAGCCUCAAGUGGGACCAGCACAGCCUCAAGUGGGGCCAGCACAGCCUCAAGUGCACCCAGCACAGCCACCAAAAGUGCACCCAGCACAGCCUCAAGUGGGAUCAGCACAGCCACCAACAGUGCACCCAGCACAGCCUCAAGUGGGGCCAGCACAGCCUCAAGUGGGACCAGCACAGCCUCAAGUGGGGCCAGCACAGCCUCAAGUGCACCCAGCACAGUCAUCAACAGUGCACCCAGCACAGCCUCAACUGGGAUCAGCACAGCCACCAACAGUGCACCCAGCACAGCCUCAAGUGGGACCAGCACAGCCUCAAGUGGGGCCAGCACAGACUCAAGUGGGGCCAGCACAGUCAUCAACAGUGCACCCAGCACAGCCUCAAGUGGGGCCAGCACAGCCUCAAGUGGGGCCAGCACAGCCUCAAGUGGGACCAGCACAGCCACCAAAAGUGCACCCAGCACAGCCUCAAGUGGGACCAGCACAGCCUCAAGUGGGACCAGCACAACCUCUAAUACCACAUCCAGCAUACAUUUAGAUGGAACAAGCACAGCCUCAAGUGGGACCAGCAUAGUCUCAGGCAGGACUAGCCCAGCCUCCAACCUUGGAUCUAGUGUGAGCUCUGGCCCAUCUGCUUCCACUGGACUGCUCACCACCUCCAACACAAUCAGCACAAGCAGUACUACUUUGCUAAAGCCUAGUAGUUCCCUGGAGCCAUUGGAAAUCACCCUCAUCACCCUGUUUACAGUUGUGGUGGCCGUGGGACUCUUUGCUGGACUCUUCUACUUCAUUAGAGAAUGCCUGUCCCUGAGAAGCACUUUUGACACAGCUCUCUACUACCCCCACUUCUCCAACCCUGGCGGGGGCCCACCAAGACAUAACGGAGUCCACCACAGACCUCGGUGGAGCCCUGACAGGUUCUGGAGGAGAUCAGGCUCCCCGGAAACCAUGGAGAUGGAUGGGAGACACCACGGGCCCUGAGGGCCACCUCUUCACCUGGGGAGUCAGCAACCUGAGCUGCCUUUUGUUCAUGCCCAGUGACUCCUCAUGGCAUUGUUGGAGUCCCUGAC